AUGCGUCUCCUGCAGCAUCCCCGGCCAUCUCCUCCGGCCGAUGCCGGCAUCCGGCUUCCGUGUUCCGGUCCCUGCGAGUGUCGGGACGUACGAGGGCUGGAACAGCGGCAAAUUUAAAAAUUUUUUGAAAUUGUCUUUUUCUUAGAAAUGAUGUAUCAAACCAUUUCACAUACAUUUUGUCCCUACUGCUUUGUCCUGUGCCCUGCCUGCAUUUUGACUGUUUUUUCUGCUUGGAAACUGAGAAAUGUCCAUGGCAUCCAAAAAGCG